AUGAUUGAUCAAGUUCGAAUGCUUUCCGGCCCUCGUGCCUCCUCCACGUCCUCACGCCGUCGGGUAUACUCUUCUGGCUCAUCAUCGCUCAGUGACGUCCCGAAGACACCAUUAUCAGCAUACAGUGGCAUUCAGGAAGGUAGCCUAGGAAAGAACCUCACUCUCAUUAAGAUGAAGAGGCCUGCGGCACAGAGUUCAUCACCGUCUCAAACUGGAGACUAUCUCAAGACUGGCUUUUCUCGCAUACAGGCUGAUACCACUUUGAUAUCUCUACCUCCGAUGCCAGACUGGCUUAACGACACACUUCUAGGCCUUCAAGCUUCUCACCCUCUUAGACGUCUAAUACCCACAACUAACGACCCACUUCCGGCAGAACCGCCGUUUCCAGUGAAAGAAUAUCAAGGACCUAACCCCAACCAGAAUGAAAUUGGAGAUGAGGAUGCUUCUGUCUUUGCUUUCCAACCCCCUUGUCUUGAUUCGCUGCCGCUAGUUGGCUCUGACCCUACGACUGCUCGGAUUUAUGCUGACCCUAACAAUGAUGUAGCUGCUGAAUUUGCUUCUGAUAAUCUUCCCGAAUUCUCCGUUCAUACUGCUGAUCUUCUGCUUGUACCUGCUUCGAAUGCUGACUAUGACUACGCCGUCCGAGUGCCUGAUGCUUUGCCUUUCUCCACUCCCGGUCCCGCAAGCUAUGUUUCCGUUGCUCGACACUUUGAUGCUCAGCCGGCUCAAGUUUUCUCAGACGACAUCUCUAGGGCUUUUUCUCACCCUGGUCCUGGAAGCACGCUAUCUUCCGUUUCGCCUCAACUUAUCCGCAAUGCUUCUCAUCUUGAGGAAUCCGGUGUGCAAUACCCGACUUUGCUCGCUCGGUCUCCUGUAAUGGCAUCGUCCCCAUUAAAUGCACAUCUUGAUACACCUCCCUCCCUGUUCAAACACUUACCCGCAUAUGUAAUUUCUCCAUCUUCCUCUCCACCGCCCUCAAGCACACACCGGAAUCCUCAUUUGAAACAGGACAUUUCUAUCUCGACUGCCUUGCAUAUAUCCAAUCCCUUCUCUACGCCCGGUCCUACAUACCGCAAGUCAUCGCAUACUAGCAGCUCGCCGUCUUCCGCCAUUCAAUAUGAUUUUGUUGAUCAGGUAGACGUGGAUCCUGACUCACUCGACUUCCACUGGGCACCAUUCAUCCGCGAUCGUUUAGUUGAUAUUCAGGAUGGCGUUUCAGAAGGAGACGGCAACUAUUCAGCUAGUGCUCACUCUGGAUUCCAGUUGAGACCCAGAUUUGGAGGAAACCAAGAAAGUUCAGAUAUCUACUCGCCCGUUAAUAAUGAACACUCUCAUCGGCACUCAGGCAGCGACAGUCACCUCCCGGUAAGGUCGCAGCCGACGCAAUAUCCUGAUCCCGAGCAGCAGCACCCUUUUUACCAUCAUCAAUGGAAUAGAAGCGAUGGGGCAGGGCCAGAAGUGUACUCGCUUGAACCAAAUACUCAUAUUGACGAACGACACUCGGACAGGGUACCUGCAGAAGGACAACUUCCGCCCUCGCCCUCGACAUCAAAUAUUGAAGAGUUUGACUGGGAGGUUCUCCCACCCUCCAGCCGUCAGCCGGUGGAGAGGGCGUCGACGCUCCUUCCGAUUUCGGAGACCUGCGGGACACAUUUGCCGGAUCCUCGACCGCCGUUGGGCGCGUUCGCGCCCGCCCCAGGCAUAUUCGUAUCACCUUUGAGAGCCCCGGGCUGUACGGGAUCAAGAAAACCGAGCGAGGACAGGGGUAUCCAGCCUCUGAGACGACACACACAGGCGAGUGCUUCCUCUGAUCCCGGUAAUAAGUAUAUGAUGCCGAAACCGCUUUUUUGUCAUGGGCAUUACAGGAUCUAUCCCGACAGAACGAUAGCCCUUUGUUGA